UGCAUAUGCCAAACAUAAAUCGAAAGUAAGAGAAGUCAAACCAAAAGAUGGCUUCCGAACCUUUGAGCGCAGAAUACGCCAAAUCAGGGAAAGCAGGCUGCAAAGGAUGCGGAAAAUCCAUCAACAAGGGUGAACUGCGUGUAGGAUUUGUGGGUAAAGCAAACUUCGGUGCUACUGCAUGGUACCAUUACGACUGCAUCUGGAGAGACGAGGAAAACCUAAAAUCUAUCGACGCCAAAAAGGGCGCGAAGCUUCUGGUCCAAAAUUACGACGAAUUAAAGGACGACGAUAAGAAGAGGCUUGAUGGUGAUUUACCAAAAUACUGCAAACAAGCCGCUGAGAAAGCCAGCAAGGCGGAACCAAAACCCAAGAGUGAUAUGGCAGCAGAAUAUGCUCCGUCUGCGAAAUCGAAUUGUAAAGGAUGUUCGAAAGCCAUAGAAAAAGGCGCGCUCCGUGUUGGAUUCCCGGGAAAGGCCAACUUUGGAGCCACGGCAUGGUACCAUUACGAAUGCAUAUGGAAUGAAACAUCGUAUUUGGCACCGAUAAAUACUUCUAAAAGUUUGGAAAAAAUUGUGGAUGGAUUCAAAAAUCUGAAAAAGGAAGACCAAACAAAACUACAAAAAGAUCUGAAGAAACAGUGCGAAACGGCAGUGAAGAAAGAAUCUGAGCCCAAGCCGCCGUCCCUGAAAAUGGCUGCCGAGUAUGCAAAAUCGGACAAAUCAGAAUGCAAAGGAUGUUCCAGCAAAAUCAGCAAAAACACCCUAAGGGUGGGUUUUACUGGAAAGGCUAACUAUGGCGCCGUGGCAUGGUAUCACUUAAACUGUCUGAAGAAAUGUCAGAAGGAAUAUUUAGAAGGCAUAAAAGCAGGAGAGCCAAUGAAAAGUAUAGUGGAAGGAUUCGACAAACUGAACAAAGAUGACCAAAAGAACAUUGAGAGUGAAGUAAAGGCAUUGUUACCAGGAGCACCAAAACGAAAGUCAGAAGGUGGUGAAAAGUCUGUUCCUGCCAAGAAGGGGAAAAAGUAGAAGAAUGUUGACUUUUUUUUUUUUUAUCAGAGAUGCGUUCUCUUUACAUUCUGUUCACAUGUGUGCAAUAAAAAGUUUCAAAAAUAAAAUACACAAGUAGAA